AGCCUUAUUGACGGACUGUACAGUAGUGUUAGCUUAGUUAGAGCUGGUUUGCGAACAACAUAGAAUAUGGAUUCUCCUAUACUGGAACCCUCCUUAUACACUGUCAAAGCUAUUCUAAUUUUGGACAAUGAUGGAGACAGGCUUUAUGCCAAGUAUUAUGAUGACACCUACCCUACAGUGAAGGAGCAGAAGGCGUUCGAAAAGAAUAUAUUCAACAAAACGCACAGGACUGACAGUGAGAUCGCAUUACUGGAAGGCUUGACUGUUGUCUACAAGAGCAAUAUAGAUCUUUUCUUUUAUGUGAUUGGAAGUUCACAUGAAAAUGAGCUUAUGCUCAUGGCUGUUCUGAACUGCCUUUUUGAUUCCCUCAGUCAGAUGUUGAGGAAAAAUGUUGAGAGGAGAGCCUUGUUGGAGAACAUGGAGGGACUCUUCUUGGCUGUGGAUGAAAUAGUGGAUGGAGGGGUGAUCUUAGAGAGUGACCCUCAGCAAGUUGUUCAUCGAGUGGCCCUCAGAGGUGAUGAUGUACCUUUGACAGAACAGACAGUCACCCAGGUGCUUCAGUCUGCCAAAGAACAGAUCAAGUGGUCGCUCCUACGAUAGUCACCCUCGUGCCUGCUCAUCAGUGAGUCACUGUUCAGAACAGACCACAUGGCACUAAUCCUCAAGCUUUUUCUCCUCCAACUUCCACCGUAGAUGAUGCUGUGAGAAGUACCUGUGAUUGAUCCAGUCACAGUUCAGGACUUAUACUUAAAAAAAGUUUGAUUUUCCAUAUUUUUAUCUGCUCAGUCUCAUGUAUGAUCAAAAUGAAGAUAAAAUGUGUACAUUCCACCAAUGGAUUGUAUUUUUCUUUUCUCUUAAGAAGCUGAUUUUUUUUUUUUAUUAUAACUGAGCAUAUGUCGAUGUUUCACAGCAUCUUCUCCUCUCACAUCAUUCCAUGUAUCUCCAGUAACGAAGUAUCUUUUGAACAGCAUGCUGUCAUCUUCUCCUGAUUACUGUAAAAUAAAGCCACUUUGAAUUUU